AUGGCGUCUCGCGACUCCUACCCGCGCGACUUUGAGCCCAACAGCGCAGAAAACGACUUCCACCCGACCACAACCCACCAUCCCUCCUACUCAAAUCAAUUUGCACAAAAUCCUCGCCCAUUGAUUGAUUCUGCCAGAAAUGGAUGGCAAUCUAGAGACAUUGGAGGUCUCCAGCGCGGCUCCAGCUCGGCGGAUGACAUCAAAUCCCCGGGAUGGUCCCAGAUGGCUCUCUCAGUAGCUUCCGCGCCACGGUUUCGGCGUUGUGUGAUGAUCUACGCUGCAUUGUUUAUAUUUGUAUGCAUCGGUUGGCGGAUGCUUUCCUCGCGAAUACAAGAGCAAAACUCGCUAUUGCACUCACUCGAUCCGACAUCUAAGACAGAGAGAAUUGGGCUGUUCGGGGCAAAUUCGCCCCCUCAAUUCGACGGCUUGAUUCAGAUGCAUACAUUGGACCCAGACUUGGUGCCUGGGGAUCUAGUGGGAGUGGAUGCAGAGAAAUCUAGUCGGAAGCGGCUAAUUAUUGUGGGCGAUGUGCAUGGCUGUAAAGAGGAGUUGGUGCAACUUCUUGAAAAAGUCUCCUUCAACCAAAAAGGUGGCGACCAUCUUAUCUUUGUCGGUGACCUGAUCAACAAGGGACCAAACAGUCCAGGAGUCGUGGACUUAGCUCGACAGCUUUCGGCAUCUAGUGUCCGUGGGAACCACGAGGACCGGGUUUUGCUUCUUCGACAGGAGAUGGCGAAGACAAAAACUCUCGCAACCCCCGAUGACGAUGAAGGCUCUCGUUUUGACUCCAGAGAACUUGGCCAGCGUGCACUCGCGCGGUCUUUGAGCGACGAACAAGCUCAGUGGCUAGAAAACUGCCCAAUGAUCCUGAAUGUCGGCCAGGUUCCAGGCAUGGGCCAGGUGGUAGUCGUUCAUGCUGGUCUAGUGCCGGGCGUCGAGCUUGCGAAGCAAGACCCUGCUAGCGUGAUGACUAUGCGGACUAUUGAUCUAGAUACGCAUGUACCCAGUCCGAAAAAGAAGGGCAUGAAUUGGGCUAAAAUGUUUGAUAAACAUCAAUCAAAAUUAUACUCAAGCCUCGAGACUUCAACUGAAGAUCCUCUUGCGAACACCAUGACUGUUGUCUAUGGCCAUGAUGCUGCUACCUCUCUUUCUAUCCGCACAUUUACAAAGGGCCUUGACUCCGGUUGUGUGAAGGGGGGAAAACUCACAGCUUUGGUUAUAGAGGACGGCGGAAAGCAAAGUAUUGUACAGGUAUCGUGUCGUAAUCAUCUCAAGGAAUGA